AUGAUUUCUGGUGGUAGGUGUGCAGCUUGUAGAAGUCAGAGAAGAAGGUGUCCUUCAGAUUGCAUUUUCUCUCCAUACUUCCCUCCCCAAUAUCCUGAAAGAUUUGCUUGUGUUCACAGAAUAUAUGGUUGCAGCAAUGUUGGGAAAAUGCUUCAGGAAAUACCUCAUUAUCUACGAGAACAAGCAGCAAAUAGUUUGUAUUUUGAAGCAAAAUGUAGGAUUGAAGACCCUAUUUAUGGAUGUGUGGGGAUUCUUUCUAAAUUGUAUCAACAAAUCCACGAUGCAGAAAUUGAGCUAGCCAAAAUUCAAACUCAGAUUGCUCAUCAUAAACAGCUCCAAAACUCAGAGGUUGAAGCUGAACAAACUUGUAAGCAGCACAAAUCAGCUGCAUGGGGCAGUUUCCUUGGUUAA